CCCGCAGGGACGAAACGCGCUGCCGCCGCCGCCGCCGCCGCCUUCCACAGCAGCGCGGCCCGCGCCAAGGAGGACUACUACCAGGUGCUGGGGGUGCCCCGCACCGCCACGCAGAAGGAGAUCAAGAAGGCCUAUUACCAGUUGGCAAAGAAAUACCACCCUGACACCAACAAGGACGACCCCAAAGCAAAGGAGAAGUUCUCUCAGCUGGCAGAAGCCUAUGAGGUGCUGAGUGACGAGGUGAAGAGGAAGCAGUACGAUGCCUACGGCACGGCGAGCUUCGAGGCGGGCGCGGCCGGGGCCGGGGCCGGGGCGGGGCGGCAGUACUGGAGCGGCGGCCCCUCCAUCGACCCCGAGGAGCUCUUCAGGAAGAUCUUUGGGGAGUUCUCAGGAUCCCCUUUCGGCGAUUUUCAGACUGUCUUUGACCAGCCACAGGAGUACAUCAUGGAACUGACAUUCACCCAAGCUGCAAAAGGUGUUAACAAGGAGAUUGUGGUGAACAUCCAGGACUCCUGUGUGCGCUGCGAUGGCAAAGGGCACGAACCUGGCACCAAAGCUCAGCGCUGUCACUACUGCAAUGGCACGGGCAUGGAGACCAUCAACACGGGCCCGUUCGUGAUGCGCUCCACGUGCCGGCGCUGCGGCGGCCGCGGCUCCAUCAUCACCACGCCCUGCGUCCUGUGCCGGGGCACGGGGCAGACCAAGCAGAAGAAGACAGUCAUGGUUCCUGUGCCAGCUGGUGUUGAGGAUGGACAGACAGUUCGGAUGCCUGUGGGCAAGAAAGAAAUUUUCAUUACGUUCAGGGUUCAGAAGAGCUCUGUGUUCCGACGAAACGGAGCCGACAUCCACUCGGAUCUCCUGAUCUCAGUAGCUCAGGCCGUGCUGGGAGGCACAGCCCGGUGUCAAGGCUUGUAUGAGACAAUCAACAUCACAAUACCCCCUGGUAUUCAGCCAGACCAGAGAAUUCGGAUGAGUGGGAAAGGCAUUCCCAAGGUCAACAGCUAUGGCUAUGGAGACCACUACAUCCACAUAAAGAUUAAAGUUCCUCAGAGGCUGACGGAUCGCCAGCGAGCCUUAAUGAUGAGCUACGCCGAGGACGAGGCCGACGUGGACGGCACGGUGAACGGGGUCACCAACACAGCCUCAGGUGGCAGGGCCACGGCUAGCGCUGACGCAGGCGGGGAUAGGCCUGAGGCUCAGGAGAACAAGGAGGGAUUCCUUUCCAAACUUAAGAAAAUGUUUACCUCCUGACACCCCAUCCGAGGAAAGCGUUCUACUGGCAACUAGGAGCCAGCAGCAGCAGGUCAUCCAUGCAGUUGGGGGUGAAUCUUUCUGGCAGCCAAGCUCUGGAGAACACAGGAUGUCAGUCAGCAG